AUGGAUAUCCCUCUGCUUGUACGACGGUGCUUGGAAAAGUUCAAGGCACUCUCUAUCAGCGAGACACAGCACGCAGAACGGAUUCUGGAUGAAUCAGGACGAUUUAGAAUAUGGGCUGGUAAUGUCUCUGCACAUACCUCAGGACGGAGAUCACUUCAGCAUAGACUGAGAGACUCAUCCGAGUUGUCAAAGGCAGUGACAAAUCAUCUUAACAACCUGUUGAGGCAUCUGAAUGAUGUCUCGAGUCCUGCAUCGGACGAUGAGGAAUCCGACAAUGAGGCAUCCGACGAUGAGGUUUUCGAUGAUGUAGCUUCUGAAGAUUCCACUGACGAGACCUCCGACGAAGAUGACCGCGACCUCUUUGAAAUGGGGGACUCCAUAUCCCACGAUGUGCAAGCUCUUGAAAUGAUUGGGGAGAUUAUCAACUGCUUGAUGCGUAUCUCAAUGGCUUUGAGGAAUCCUGCUCGCAAUGACCAGAUACGAUAUGCGGAGACGGCACUUUCGAAACUGUUCGAGCCUCGUGAUAUCGAACAUGUACGCAUGAAGUUUCCAUCGACCUCGGACGGCCUCACACAGAGGCUGRGAAAGUCCAUUUCUCGCCACAGACAGUACUUCAAGUAUCGCAAAGAGCAUCACGAGAAGCUUGCGCAUGGUAUCGACAUGGAUGCUGAUGAUGAAGGAGAGAAACAAAGCACAGCGGCAACAUCAUUGUUCCAGCCGGAACAAAUUCACCAACAACCACACCAAGGCAUUGCCACUUACGACGAGUCCGACUUGGAGUCUGUUGGAACAGCCACUUCUUACGCCCCAAGCCAGACCGGAGACUCAACUCUAAGGCCACCUUCGCGACCAUUGACAGCUACAGACGAUCUUCCAUUCGAAUGCUCGAUUUGCUAUCAUUUUAUCAAUGCUCCGAACGAGCGUUUGUGGAGACAACAUGUCUAUGAAGAUCUUCCGCCAUAUAUCUGUUUAUACGAAGAUUGUAAAGCUGCCACACGCCAGUUCUCCCGGAGGCGAGACUGGCGAAAUCAUAUGCAGGAGCACUUCCGGUACUGGAUCUGUCCCUUUGAAUGCCGAGACACAUUCGAGACAUCAGCUGAGCAUCAAGAUCAUCUUCGGUCUGUACAUUCAGAGCGACUUGAUCAAACCACCAUGAUAAGUCUCAGCGAAUCUUGCGCUCGAAGCAACAAGACUCCAUUGCUUCGCUGCCCGUUUUGUGAGCUUGAGAAGCCGUCCCAAAACGCCUGGUUCAAGCAUGUCGGACAUCACUUGGAGCAGUUGGCUCUGUUUGCACUACCGAAGCAUCUUCUCGCGCACGACUCGGAUGAUGAUGAUGACGAGCGUUUGAGCGAUUCGGACGUGGAACCGGUGUCCGAAGAGGCCAUUAUCUUGGGACAAGAACCUGAGCCUGAAAGUGAUAGAACCGCCCAGACCAUCGAAAAGCCUGCAACGGUAUCGGAGCUGAUCGCGUUCGUUAAGAGCGCGCUCGAUGCCGACGUGGAUCGGCAGGAGUCACAGAUGGGGUCAACGCUGGAUUUAAGCCAUAGGAAGCUCAGUACGCUGCCGCUGGAACUUAUACCAUUGAUCAAGGACAGAGUCGAAAGACUAGCACUGUCCCACAAUCCUCGCAUUACUCUACCAAUAGAGAUAGGCCAGUGCGAUCGACUUCGUUAUCUGAAUUUACGAUGGAACAACUUGAAGCACUUCCCCGAUGCUGUUCUAAGCCUGGACAAGCUCGAAAUCCUGGACAUUAGCAAGAACUCGAUCGAAAUUAUACCGGAGAGUAUCAAGCAGAUGACCAACCUCAAAUUCUUAGCCAUAGCACGAAAUCGGAUCAAGCGUCUGCCCUAUGCUCUGGGCGACAUGAAUCUCUUGAAGCUCAAAAUCGACGAGAAUCCAAUCGAAUUUCCACCCCCUGAAGCAUUGAAGGAAACGACGAGAUGGACGAGUGUGUUGGUCGAGUCGGAAAGGGAUAGAGAUAUUUGUAACCGUGUCAAGCACUACAUGAAGACCGGAGGGCGGCGCGAGAUACGAGGGUUUGAUGAAUCAGUUCCUCUGAGCAACAGGACGGAGUUGAUCGGCAAUGAUCUUGUUGCUGCAGAAGACUCUCAAGCGUUGAAGGUCAGCAAGCUUGAGAUGGAUCUCAACCAGGAAGAAGAGCCAACGGACACAAUAUCUGCCAAAGCCGACCUUACGUCCGAACUACCGCCAGUUGAGAAUGACACUGAACGGACAAUCUUAAACGAUGAGUUCGAUCUUUCAUUAACGGCUGGAAGUCGAGAUGGAACUGCAGAGACGCUACAAAGAGAUUUCGAUUGGCAGCAACGUGUUCUGCGGCAACUUUCGUUGAAUCAGGAGAGGCUGGAAUCUACACCAGGGAGUUCCAAAAAAGUUCCUGAAGACAUCAUCAUCUCGGAUUCAGAAGCUGAGCCCGAGAAUGGGAUGCCACCGAGUAUUGACGAAGAGCUUCCCGCCAACCCAACCGAAGGUAAUGAUGACCCCGUGUUGGAUUCUUUGGAAGGAAACAUCUAUCUCAAAGACGGAAUCGGCAGGGUCCACAGCUUCCCAAUACACGCAUGCAGAACCAUGGCUGAUAUGGAUGCGCUUAUCGAGCAUGCUUUCUCUCAUGUCGGCACGCAUUACAGAUACGUUGUUCACCGUCACUAUAAUCUCAGGGAUCCAAGCGGCGAGAUUAUCACCCCUCAGACCUGGCCACAGGUAGUGCAUCCGGGCUUGGAAGUUACCAUGGAGUUUUGGGCCGCUUUACGGGAAUCUCCCAACGGAAAAGAGACCGAUGCGGCUUUGCUUGAGUUUGGGAACAACUACGAUACAAGAUGGACUCGAUUUCCACGUGGUGACUUGAAAGUGAUUGAGCCUGAGUUUGAAUGGAUUAAGGAUCUUGGGGAUCUUCAUGCUGGAUCCUCAUCCAAGACACCAAGAAAUGUCUCGCCAGUGGACCAGAACAGGGGUCUGAAACCCGAGCAUCUCGACAUGGAGUCUCUGUUCAGCAAGAGCAGAGAUGACGAUAAUAACAUCUCGCUCGGUGAGAUCUCGCCGUCGCGUGAUGAUGACUUUCCUCCGUCGGAUGAUGAGGUAUAUAAGCUAUCUGACCACGCAAAGUACAGCGACGAGCAGCUGAAGCAGUCGGACAGCCGACGUGUUGGCCACCCUCUAUCCCCAUCUUACGCCGACAAUCUUCCUGAUGAAGCUGUGCUUGCAUCCCCUGAGCAGGAUAGUACCUCUCAAGAUGUAGCCACUUCCUCCGAAAGCCCCACUAUCCCUGGAACCGACGAAGGCCACUACAGAGACCAUCCACUAUAUAGCGAAGGACCGCGCGCUGAUGGCCUCUAUCGCUGCCCAUUCUCAACGGAUCCGAGCUGCUCGCACAAAGCUACCACAUCUAAGAGCAGCUACGAUAAGUUCAUCGACUUCCACCUGAAGCCAUUCCGCUGCAAGGUCGAGACUUGCUCCCAGCAAGCGUUCUCUUCCACAGCCGCUAUCCUGCGUCACGAAAGAGAGGCUCACGGUAUGCACAGUGAGCGCCCUCACCUUUGUCCUUAUCCAGGCUGUGAGCGUGGGUUGUCUGGUAACGGAUUCCCGAGAAGGUACAACCUGUAUGACCACAUAAGGCGUGUCCACGUCAAGGAUGAGUCUUCCACUCGCGAUAUUUACGGUGCCUCGCCAGAAGAUGUGGAGCGGGUUCCUCUGGCCAAGCACCUUGUUACAGAAUCGGAAUCUAAAGAAGUCGAGAGCGUGACGCAGAUCUCGUCUACAGAGAGUGCAUCGUCGCGCAUUGAACCAGACCAGACAUUAGGAGAAGGGCAGCCAGAGUCCUCACUACAAGCUUCCAAGCCUAUAUCAGCUUCUCCUGCAGCGACCAGCUUUGUUGGAAACACAGGUCGAGCAAUUGAAGAUUCUGACCUGGCGCCUGGACAGUCACUAUUUGGGAAGGAUGUUCGACAAGCGAUCUCAAACGAUGUGCCCUCUCCUUUAUUAAAAAUUGAAGGCCGAGAUGGAAUUGCCCAAACGCGACAAGAAGAGUUCGAUUGGCAGCAAUCUACUCURCAGCACCUUGCGAAGAAUUCAGAGGAGCUGGAAUCUACAGGGAGUUACCAAAGAAGAGAAGCCAAUUUUACCGCUCGAGGAUGGCCCAAUCCAUUUGGAAUUGAUGAAACAAUGCCCAAUUUAUUCGAAACUGAAGAGAAAAUGCCCAAUCCAUUCGAAAUUGAAGAGACAUUGCCCAAUGCAGACUUGGUUCCCGAAAUCGAAUACCCCAAAUCCCUUGGUCUGCAUGGUGCGGGAGACAAGUUCGCUUCAUACGCCGACUGGAUCAAAGUAAACAACGCGAUGGACGCUCAGGGAAGUCUGGCCCCUGACUCUGACAGACCCCGUGAGGAGAAGUCGCAAACGCGCGCGCUGUAUACCCCUGAAGUCAGAGCGGAUGUCAUGGCCCACAGAAAUGCCGCUGAUAUCGCCAACGGACCCGCCGCCGAGACCAUUCUAUCGACUGCUCCGCGAAUUUCACAUACAUCCGGUGUAAGCGAUGGUGAACAGCAGAAUCUUGAGCUUGAGGAGUCAGCGUCUGUGUUAGAUAUUGCGAUUGACUAUGCCGCAUGGAAUUCACGCCGACGGGACCAACAGCAGGAUGCACUUCAAGUUCCCACAGUCGCUAGAGGGCGUGUCCGCGCAAAGCAAGCCUCUUCACCCUCAGUGCGAAAUCUCCCAAGCACCCGAAGCCCGGCCAAGUCCCCACACCUACCCGCCUCAGUUCCUGAACAAUCUGAUACGGAACUCACUGCGUCCCGCAAAGCGAGCACCAAAAAUCCCGCUACCUUCCAAUGUACUUACUGUUCGAAGCGCUUCACCAGAGCAUAUAACCUUCGCUCGCAUCUUCGCACUCACACCGAUGAACGACCGUACGUAUGCACGGUUUGCGGCAAGUCGUUCGCUCGUCAACAUGACCGAAAGCUCCACGAAGGUCUGCACUCUGAGGAGAAGAAAUACGUGUGUCGUGGUACUCUCCAAAGUAGUGGUUCGCAAUGGGGUUGCGGCAGACGAUUUGCUCGUCCAGAUGCUCUUGGGCGUCAUUUCCGUUCCGAAGCUGGACGGGUGUGCAUCGAACCACUUCUCCAUGAAGCAAAUGCGGAUCGAAAAGGGGGACAAGAGGAGCCACCUGCUGAGACUACCACUCAAUUAAAGCCGAACGUCUCUGAUGGCCUCUUCCCGACUGCGUUAUUGCGGCAGUAUCCUGCUCUGGCGGGUAUUGAUUCGAAUAACCCUCAUCCGAGAAGACCACUACCGGAUGAAGGAUAUGACGGAGAUAGCGGGGGUGAGCACGCUACGGAUGAUGAAAGUGUGAUGUUUAGGAGGACCGAGUUGUCGUAA